AUGGCGGCUACUUUGCAAGGGCACCAGGUGCAUCCCGAUGGACGGGCGUGGAAAGCGCACUUUCCGAAAGGAGAUCUCUGGGUGUUUGGAUAUGGAAGCUUGAUCUGGAAACCACCACCACACUACGACCAGCGGGUCCCAGGCUACAUUAGCGGCUACGUGCGGCGAUUCUGGCAGGUAUGCGAAUCCUAUAUCCCCAGUAACAAGUGCCCCCUUGCCUUCCUAUCGCUAGGUAUGUUCCAACAUGUGGGCGGGCCGCCUGGCCGGUCCAGCUUGAAUGGGUCUCCAACAUCCAACUAUCAGGGAACUGUGGCCGCUAACAAAGCGCGAAAUGAUAGCACCGACCACCGGGGCACGCCGGAGCAGCCCGGGCGAGUCGUGACCGUGAUCGAGCGCGGAUUCUGGGAGACGCUGGAUGAUCCGCUAGCGCACUUGGAAUCCGAGUCCGCCUCCACCGGCAAAGUCUGGGGCGCCGCAUAUCACAUCCCCGCCUCGCAUGCCGAGGAAGUCCACGACUACCUGGACGAGCGGGAAAUCGACGGCUACAGCGUGCGCUUUACGCCAUUCCACCCCACGUCCGGUCCCUCAGAAGACCCGCAGGAAAUUGCCAAUCAUGCCACACCGAUUACCUGUAUGGUGUAUAUCGGUCAGCCGAGUAACCCCCAGUUCUUGCGCAACCCUCAACACCGUGAACCGCAGGACGUGGCGCAGGUCAUCAAUGCUGGACAUGGGCAGAGUGGGAAGAAUACGGAGUAUUUGUAUUUGCUGGAGAAGGCGUUGGAGGGACUAGGGCUGGGGACUGCGGAUGUGCAUGUUACUGAUCUAGUGAAGCGAGUCAAGGCUAUUGAAGCUGGUGAUCUGGCGGUGAGGGAGGAACAAGAGGCAGAGCAGGAUGUGAAGAAGUAUUUGGCAAGCGCACCGGCAGAGUGCGUGCUCGGGGAUAAGAUUGAAUGA